AUGAUAUUCAAGAGAUUCAAUGCUACGUCAGCGCUGAAAAAGACUGCGCUUUACGACUUGCACAUCGCGCUUGGCGGAACUAUGGUUCCUUACGCGGGGUACUCGAUGCCGGUGAAAUAUGCCAAACAGACACACAUAGAAUCGCAUUUGUGGACUAGAAAACAUGCUGGGUUGUUUGACGUGUCACACAUGAUGCAGAGCACGUUGAAAGGUCCUGAGGCAGUCAAGUUUUUGCACAAGAUUACACCUACCGAUUUCUCCAGUUUACCUGCGGGACAGGGAACACUUUCAGUGCUGUUGAACGAGCAGGGAGGUGUUGUGGACGACACGUUGAUCACCAAGGUUAAUGACAAUACAUUCAGCAUCGUGACCAACGCUGGUUGCGUGGACCAGGACACCAAGUUCUUGCGUGAGCAAAUUUCUGACUUCGAUUGUGAGUGGAACCCAGUCCAAGGCAAGUCUUUACUGGCACUUCAAGGACCCGAGGCUCCAUCCGUACUGGGCCAUCUAAUUAAGGACGGCGUCAGUGGGUUACAGACGUUGUACUUUGGCCAGAAAAGAGCCUUCCAACUGGCGGAAGGUGUCACCGUGGACGUUGCAAGGUCAGGCUACACGGGUGAAGACGGUUUUGAAAUCUCCGUGGACAAUGCGCGCGCCCUAGAGUUCGCACAGAAGCUGCUGGACAACAGCGCGGUUGCAGCGAUCGGCCUUGCUGCAAGGGACAGUCUGCGUCUCGAGGCAGGUAUGUGUCUCUAUGGUCACGAACUCACCGAAAAAAUAACACCGAUCGAGGCAUCGCUCGCUUGGCUAGUGUCGAAGACGCGCAGAGAUGGCUCUUUGGGCAAGUUUAAUGGUUGGGACCGUAUAAUGGACCAAGUUAACAACAAAUCCGCACCUGUGACGCGUGUAGGUUUCAAGUACUUGGGCAAAGGCCCCGCUGCGAGACACGAAUCGCCAAUUUUUCUUGAAGAUGGCGCCACACUUGUCGGACAUGUAUCGUCCGGUAGCGCCUCACCUUCUCUUGGAGGAUUAAACAUCGGGCAAGCCUAUGUCAAGAAGGGCGUACACAAGAAGGGUACCAAGCUACUGGUCGGUGUGAGAAACAAGAAGUUUCCCAUUGAGGUCGUUCGCAUGCCAUUCGUCCCCACACACUAUUACAAGUAG